AUGCACAAAGACCUCGCAAAUCUACCAUCGCACGACGACGGCCGUGGCACGCCGCUUCCUCAAUACGAGAAGACGCAACAAGUCCCAUUUACACUCACACUACAAGAGGACAAGGGCAAACCAGGCCAAUUCCAGCUGGUAGUCAGCGUCGAUCCUCAGUCCCAGAAAGAUCGUAGCGGUAAUCCUCUGAAGACUUCUUCAUCCAAGAAGCUCGUCGCCAACCUACAAGAAGCGCCAAGCUUAGGCUACGACGUAUCGAAACUAUACCAAACGCAGAAGUCGAGCCCUCCAUCAACACCACAAGCAGAACACCAAGGAUGGUCGGAUCUCGAUGCCCUACCUCCUGAAUUCCUAGACAAGGUUGCACCGGAUUGGAAGGUCACGUUCUCGCGGAGCGAUUCUUCUGCUUCGACUCAGUCACGCAAGCUGGCCGAUAUCAAGGCGCGAAUAAAGAAGAGUGGGAAGGGAUUUGUUGUCAGGCUUUUGAAAGGUACCAGCGCAGAUACAAACGAAGUCAGGGAGGUCCAACUGGGUCGCGAUCCUGUCGAGCAGCUACCGACCCUUUCCGAACUUGACUCUACGGUCCCACCAGUAGAGCUCGCCACACAUUCUACUGCAAGUAUUGUAGCAGACGUCCCUGGUGGAGUGUUUGAGAUUGGCUCGUCAGGAGAACCUGGCGUCGAGAGGGCGACCCCGCCAGUGACUGCGCGCGCGGUCUCUUCAAUUCCACAAUGGCUUAGCCAAACGUCCAACGAACCCGGAACAGCAUUUUCAGUGCUGGAAGACAACCUUAGCGACGCCGAAACUUUGCUACCAGAUGUUCGCUCCGUCAUUGAUCGCAUGGAAGAUCACACAGACGUUGAACCAGUGUCAAACUACAGCUCCGUUCUGCCUACCAGAUCUAGCUCCGUGCUGAGUAUAGUAAAGACUCCCACGCGAGGUCUGUCCGUUGUUGGACCUGUACGGCGCGUAGAGAAGGUAAAUCGUGUGCGUGCAAAGGGCAAGGCAGCGCGAAUAGAUCUUAGUCGUACUGGUGCCCGCAAGUCAUUCAUAGGUCGGUCGCCUCAAGGGUCGAUUUCUGAAGCGUUCGUGUCCGAACGUCUCCGCAACGCCGCAGCAGCUUACCCACCCGCCCAAGAACCUGGUUCAGAUCCCUCUUCCUUGGAUGAAGGGUCGGACGACAGCUCCAAAAAAAGGCGCAACGCAUAUAAGCGGCGAGCUCAGGCGGAUAGGCAGGAACCGGCAAACCGAAAAGUUCGGCGUGAAAACUCUGCUCCAAAUGCUACAUCAGAAGCUCCGUCAAGAACGCGUCUUCGCCUUGAUACUAGCCUUGCCCCUUCCAGAUCCGCAGAAACGUCACCCGCCACAGUACGAAGGACUUCACCUCGUACAAAGAAGUCUCCUACCAUGGCGAAGAGUCGCGAUCAAGCAGUACCCAGCCAUGCCCCCGAGACUGAUAACGCGGAAGGCUCUCCCGAGUGGUCUGAAGUGGAUCCAGCUGAUGAUGAGGAUAUUCGGGAGGCUCUCGAAAUGGCGUUUGGUAAAAUUGCAGACGAUCUCGAAUCGAGUCCAGUUCAGAGUAAACGAAGCAUACCAAGCAUCAACGAACCAGCGGACGACGGGGAGAGUGGAAUGUACACGCUUCCGCCGAAUCUCGAGAUACGAUCUGCGCCUGCAGCGCCAGGCAACCGGUUCUCCAUGUUUCUGGGCCUUGCUAUCGGCGCUGUGCUUGACAAGGUGAUCGAUGGUGUCCAUCAUCUGCGUGAUUCUUAUGGGAGCGAAUCUGCAGUGCCAGCUGGUCAUGUUCGUGUUCGUUGGACGUGUUCUUGCGGCGAGCCGCUCUACGACGACUUCAUCGAACGCCGACCAGGCGCUGCUCGGUGGCUCGAAGGCUAUCUUAACCGGCCGCGGACGCACACCCCGAGCACGCCACACAGUCGAUCCAGCACCUCAACAUCGAUGUCGUCAAUCUUCGAUAAUGCCAGUCGGGCAUCUACAUUGGCAACUCCUUCUUCAACGUACGGAGGUUCUUCGUUAUGGGGCAGGAGCAACAACAACUCAAAGUAUAGUCCCACACGACUCAAGAGCAAUAGCCCCUUUAGCGUGUCGAUAGGCCGCCCGAUAGAUGAUUCAUGGUUGUUGACAUGUGCGAACGAGGGAAGGUUCACACCAAAGAUCGUUCAUCUCGACGUGAAUACGCAGAGGAUUCGCAGUGACAAAGAUCUGGCGAUGGUACUACGCGAACACUACGAUAACAUCAAUCGACGAUGGAUGAAAUGGACAAGGUUGAGAGGACUGACGACCAUUGAGUUUGUCCAAUUCGAAGUCCACCGUAACCGCUUCGCCGAUAUUCGCGCGACGCCAUCGAUGCCGCCGACAUCAUCUUCCGUCAAUGAGAAGUCGCCAUCGCAGCAUCCGUAUACGUUCGAGGCGGUCGACCUCAUCCCUCCGGUUGGGUCUCAUUACCUCCUCCAUCUUUUCAAACAUCCCGAGGAUUACGACGGCGAGCUGAUAACGUAUCUACGCGCUCCUAAGCGCCGUGAGAGAUUGGAAUUUGGCAUGGGUUGGGGCAUAAACCUCGUGGAAGGCUUCCUGGCGCAAAAGGUGUGGGCGGUUAUAAUGGGCGGCUUCGGUAUAGGGAGUGUGGUCUUCGCCAUCCUGUGGACAAUCAAGAAGGACGAUGUUCAAGGAGCGUUCGGCGUGGCAGGCUGGCUCGUUACGUUGGCAGCGCUGGUGCUCGGCGCUUUGCAAGCGUGGCUGGAGUAG